GCAGCACCGCCUCCCCGCGCCCGCCGCGGCGGAAGGACUCUAGCUGCCCCGAGUCCCGGGAGGUGGAUUUGGCACCCCUUCCCGGCCGCGGUCACGACAGCCACCCACCUUCCCUGCAUGGAGCCCAGGGAGCGCACACAGGCGGCGCGGGACCGUGUCCCCAGGAUUGAUCCGUAUGGGUUUGAAAGGCCUGAGGAUUUUGACUAUGCAGCUUAUGAAGAAUUUUUUUCCACCUACCUGGUGAUACUCACUCGAAGAGCAAUAAAAUGGUCUAAACUUCUAAAGGGAAGUAGUAGUGUUCAGAAAAGUAUGACAGUGAAGCGCUAUAUCCGGAAAGGUGUUCCACUCGAGCACCGGGCCCGCGUCUGGAUGGGGGUGAGUGGAGCACAGGCCCAGAUGGACCGGAACCCUGGCUAUUACCACCAACUUCUCCAGGGAGAGAGGAAUGACAGCCUAGAGGAGGCCAUCAGGACAGAUAUGAACAGGACCUUCCCGGACAAUGUAAAAUUCCGGAAGAGCGCGGAUCCCUGUUUACAAAAGACUCUGUACAAUGUGCUGUUGGCUUACGGGCACCACAACCAAGGUGUGGGGUACUGCCAGGGAAUGAAUUUUAUAGCGGGAUACCUAAUUCUUAUCACAAAGAGUGAAGAGGAAUCCUUCUGGCUAUUAGAUGCUCUUGUUGGAAGAAUACUACCUGAUUACUACAGCCCCGCAAUGCUGGGCCUGAAGACAGAUCAGGAGGUCCUGGGGGAGCUGGUGAGGACCAAGCUGCCGGCAGUGGCGGCCCUGAUGGAUGGGCAUGGUGUCCUGUGGACUUUGGUCGUGUCACGCUGGUUUAUCUGCUUGUUUGUGGACAUUCUGCCUGUGGAGACGGUGCUUCGAAUCUGGGAUUGUUUGUUCAAUGAAGGCUCAAAAAUUAUCUUCCGGGUGGCCCUGACCCUCAUUAAGCAACACCAGGCUUUUAUUUUGGAAGCCACCAGUGUUGCAGACAUUUGUGAAAAGUUCAAGGAGAUCACCAAAGGGAGUUUUGUGACUGAAUGUCACACUUUUAUGCAGAAGGGGUAACUUCUCCGUCUUUUGAAGUCUUCAAGUCUUUUGAAGUCUUCAAGCCGGCUGGUGGCCUCUUGCUGAGAAUGUUAUAGGUGAAUUCAAGCAGCAUAUGGCAGGAUCGUGCUUCUUCCAGGCCUCCAAGUCUUUCCUUGUAUGUUGAGAUUAUGGAGCUGAACGCAGAACUCGGACAGAAUCAGUCUUCCCUUACCUGUAUGACUGCUGGCAGGUUUCAUGAUUCCUUUUAGUCUCAGGUUCCUCAUUUAUAAUAGAUGACAAUAGGUCCUGUAUCCCAGGGUUGUUUAGUUUUCUUCUCUUUUUUUAGUGAGAUGGAAUUCCCGUAUCAUAAAAUUCAUCCUUUUAACAUGUACAGUUCAGAAGUAUUGUCACAUUACCUAGUUCCAUUGUCUAGUUCCAGAACAUUUUCAUCACCCCCCAAAUGGAACCCCAUUCCCCUACCCCUUCCUAAGCUCCUGGCAACCACCACUUUACUUUUUUUUUUUGCCAGUUUACUUUCUGUCUCUAUGGAUUUGUCUCUCCUGGAUGUUUCACAUAAAUAGAAUCAAACAAUGUGUGACUUUUUGUGUCCAGCUUCUUUCACUCAGCAUAAUGCUUUCAAGGUUGUUUAGCUCUAACUGGUAUUAUUUAUGUCAGUGUUUAGUGAGACGAGUACCUUGCACAUAGUAGGUGCUCAGUAAGUGCUAGGAUUUAUAAAGUGCUAGAGGCAGCAAGAUGACUGGUUUGCCUGGGGGCAGGUGGGUGAGCUGUCCACGGCGGGACUUUGCCUGUGUACAUUUCACAGCCCGAAGGCGCUCUGGGCCCUGUGACCUUGGCGGGCCUGAGGGAAGCACAGGAUCCUGAGGACACUGGGCGGGUUUCGCCAGUCUACCCGCAUUGAAAUCAAAACGUUGUGUAUCAUCGACAGAAUAAAUGUAGCCAUUCAAGGGAAGUUGGUGGGGAAACAGCCCUAGUAUAGUGAGUCUUACUUUCUCAGUGAGCUCUACAAAGUUGUAUAUGCAUUUCUGUAUUAAAAACACAUCAGCACAGAAUCUGUAGUUCAUGUGUCAAACCACUCUGAAAUCCUGUACAAGAACCUCCAGAAUAAAAAACAGUGAUUUUAUAUUGGAGCUCAGUGCAACAUUAAUGGGAAGAGAACAGUUGAACACUAAUGUCUUGGCACGUCUCAGAGGAUUUGAUUUACUUUUUUCAGGAACUUGGGCAGCUAUCACGUAAAUGCUCUACCGACCUUAGGUGCUAUGUAUUAUGAAAGUAUAGAAGGAUUUCUGAAAUGAAAUUUUUUUUAAAAAAACCUUUUAAUGCUUCUUGGCCUAAUUUAUACCUGUGAAUUUCUCAGCAGUAACUGCACAAAUUAUUAAAUUAUUAUGCACAAAAGAUGCAGUGGCACAUCCCCCAGUCUAAAAUGUUUGUUCUCACGCUAGUUUUAACCCCCUUCCUCUGGAGUCCCAUGGCUGGCUACCUGCCUGCGUGCUCUAUGCUCUCCCCGCCUUCCUGAGGCAGCAUCAUUUCUCCUCAUUGUGAAGCAGUGUUCUCUCUUACUAGAAAUGAGUCUUGAGUCUCUUACUGCUUCCACUUUUCAAAUCUGGUUUCUUGUGCUUAGUCUGCUCGUGAAUGGCUUGACUGGCUUCAGCACUGCUACAGGAGACAAGAGUUAAUGGGUAUGAACAAAAAGAACAACACAGGCAACAAAAGCAAAAAUAUACAAACAGGAAUACAUCCAACUUAAAAACUGCGUAGCAAAGGAAACAAGCAACAGUGAAGAGAAACAAUAUUUGCAAACCAUGUAUCUGAUAAGGGUUACUACCAGAAUUUAUAAACAACUACUUGAGAUGGAGGGCUCUCCCCUCUCACUGUGCAAGAGGCCUGUGGUUUUUGGUCAGUCGGUCUGUCUGCCACAGCCUCACCGUUAACAGGACAGCUAAGGUAAGAAUGUGUUUUUGGUUGGUUUUU